UCAUCCCAUUGGAAUCAGCACAUUUUUCCAGUCUAUCCAGAUCCCUCUGCAGAGCCCUCCUGCCUUCCAGCAGGUCGACACUCCCUCCCGACUUGGUGUCAUCAGCAAAUUUGCUGAUGAUGGUCUCAAUCCCCUCAUCUAAAUCGUCAAUAAAGAUGUUAAACAGGACUGGACCCAACACUGACCCCUGGGGAACACCACUAGUGACUGGCCGCCAGCUGGAUGCAGCCCCAUUCACCAGCACUCUCUGGGCCCGGCCCUCCAGCCAGUUCUUAACCCAGCGUAGAGCACACUUGUCCAAGCCAUGGGCUACCAGCUUUUGCAGGAGUAUAUUAUGGGAGACAGUGUCAAAGGCCUUGCUGAAGUCCAGAUAGACCACAUCCACGGCUUUCCCCUCAUCCACCAGCCUUUGAGUUUGUUGUGAUCACCGCCCUAGAAGCACUCUUCAGUGGUAAUGGCGGGUGCAGAUGUCCCACGCAGCACAGAGCUAAGCUGAACACACUUUUCCUCCCAGGCCUGGAGCCAGCAGCAGCCAGGGAGCAUAUAAAUGCCUGGGAACCCUGGUGCACUGCUCUUUGGUUUCCUUCCAUAUUAUCUCUGAGUACAGCUGCAUCCACAUGUAAACUCUGGCACCCUGGGUACAGCAUUGUGUUUUAGAGAAGCACAUAAAUAUCUGCUCUUGCUGGUUAGUUUUAUGCUCCCCAUUAAAGCAGCUCUUUACUGCUUCCCGCACGAAUGUCGUCACCUCCUGCCCCAGCUUCCAAUGAAGACUCAGGGAUUUUAUGAUUCCAGCCCAGGUCUAUGCCUGGUUUUGCUCUUGGCCUAUCUCCAGAGAUCCAAGUGCCUCCCUGUCUUCCGAAAUACAUAUAUUUACAGUGAGUGGUUCGAAGUCAUAGUGGAAAUAUACUGGAAAACCUUCCAUGUGUACCUAAGACCUAACUCAGAAGCAAGCUCAGAGUUACAUGCAGUAAGCUGCUCAGGCUGAUAGAAGAACAUUUGCAGAGAGGCAUGUCCACCAGGGAUGGUUCCCCCACCACCUGUCAGCAAGCCACAUGUGUGCCUCUCCACUGUGCUCAUCAUGACCAGCCUCAUCCUCAUGGAUGCCUACCUGGUGGAGCAGAGCCAGGGCUCCAGGAAGCUGGGCAUCUGUGUCAUGGUGGCAGUGGGUGACGUGUGCUUCCUGCUGGUGCUCCGCUAUGUGGCCAUCUGGGUCGGGGCAGAGGUAAAGACAGCUAAGCGGGGCUAUGCCAUGAUCCUCUGGUUCCUGUAUGUCUUCGUUCUGGAGAUCAAAGUCUACUUUGUAUACCAGAACUAUAAAGCUGACCGGAAAAGCCUGGAUCUCAUAGCCCGCAAAGCGCUGACCUUGCUGCUCUCCAUCUGCAUCCCAGCCCUCUACGUGUUGUUGGUAGCCACGGAGCACAUGGAAUACAUCAGAACAUUCAAGAAGAAAGAAGAUCUCCGCAACCGCCUCUUUUGGGUCAUUGUGGACAUGCUGGACGUGCUGGAUAUCCAGGCCAACCUGUGGGAGCCCCAGAAGAAGGGGCUGCCGCUCUGGGCUGAGGGCAUCAUGUUCUUCUACUGCUACAUCUUGCUCCUGGUCCUCCCUUGUGUGUCCCUCUGUGAGAUCAGCAUGCAAGGGAUUGGCAUCAUGCCGCACCGGAUGAUGCUGUACCCCAUGCUGAGCAUGCUCACUGUCAACAUCACCACCAUCUUCAUCCGAGGCAGCAACAUGGUCUUCUUCAAGGACGCCCGGGUCUCCAGCAUCUUUAUGGGCAAGAACAUGCUGGCUAUCGGGCUGAAGGCCUGUACGUUUGUGCAGUACCAGCAGCACCAGCACCAUGUGCCCCAGGGGCCAGACCCGGCCCUGCAGCACAGCAACCAUGCCCAGCCCUCGCCAGGACUGCACCAGUCCCGGGACCAGCCUGCCUGCCCUGAGGAGCUGGCCCAGGACAACACAUGACAAGCCAGCAAGAGCCACAGCCUGGGCACCACCAAGCCUGGCUGUACCUGCAAACACAAAGUGAGCCACCAAGCUCCCUGCCCAGACGGAGGGCAAUGGCCCUGCUCUUUUCCUUCCUGGGUGAAGCUGCUCCAGUCCCUGAGGUUCACAUGAGAAGGGCCACCGUAGCAGCCUUCAUAAGGCCCCAGAACAGUUUGGGAUGUCAGCACCCCAUGACAUGAGAUGGGCAGCGGAGCAGAGGAGGAGGCCAGGUUUGCCUGCUGUGUGCCAUGUCUGGCUAGGGCCAGGCAGCCCUGCCCUGUGCUGUGUUCCCCCUGUCAGUGCUCCCCACACAGCACUGCCCUCCAGCCAGCCAGGGCUCAGGCCAGGGUGGCUGCACAGGGACACUGCAGGUCAUCUGCUCCACUGCUAUGGUUGACCCUGUCUUGGUGCCAGGCAGCAGCCUGCUCCCCACUGGGUGAGCCAGGCUCCCCAUGCUGGGGAAACAAGGCCUGGGCCCCCCCUGCCUAUCACCGCUCUCAGCCUUGGGGGCUCAGAGGGGGUAACUGUCCUUUUCCUUAUCUCCCUCUGCAAUAAAAGACCUGAGCCCUGCA